AUGUCGGACUUACAUGACUUGUGCAAGUUUGGCUCGAGGCCAGUCAAGAGGGAGUACGUGGACCAGUUGAAGCACUACCUUAAGGCCGGGAUUCCCUCCACGUAUACGGUGGAACAGGCCUAUAAGUACACCAACAAUAUUGAAGACGAUGAAGAGUCAUCCAAUACCACCCCCUUGCAUUUGAUUGCAUCCUUCAUGCCUGGAGAUGCCAGUUCGGAGGAGUUGGAGGUUAUAGAUGAAAUGGUGACCAUAUUGUUUGAGUACGGUGCGGGAUGGUGUUUCACCGACAUUAAUAAUGAAACGCCAGGAUGUAUUUUGAUUAGAAGAAACUUGAAAAACACUCCCAUUUAUCAGCAAAUCGUUGAUGCCGGGGUCAGAGCAGAGUUGUUAUUGAGAAAGGUCAGUGAGUUUGACAUGGAGGUGAUUGAGGAUACCGAUGAUUUAAACCAUGAACAAUUUCUGUCGGUGAAGAUCGAAGAAGAUGAAAAAAAAGAUGAUGAAGAUGAAAAAAAAGAUGAUGAAGAUGAAAAAAAAGAUGAUGAAGAUGAAAAAAAAGAAGAAGAAGAUGAAGAAACAGAAGAAAAAGAACAAGAUGUAAAAGUGAAUGAUCCCUCUGACCCAGCUUACAAUCAAGCAGCUUACCUUGAAACCAAACUCGAAUACCGCGAUGACGCUCUCAUAACAAAAGACGCUAAAGACGGGGUCAUGAUGUCCUGGGAAACUAAUCUCAUGCAGAAAGGAUGUGACACGCUUUUCCAAAAAGGCUCCUACAUAGAGCCAAAUGAACUCGACUCCGAAAUCAACGUCUUAAAUAUCGGGUUUGGGAUGGGGAUCAUUGAUUCGAUGAUUCAAAAGGAAAAGCCAACAAAACACUACAUCUGUGAAGCCCAUCCUGAUGUCUUGGCCAAAUUGAAAAGAGACGGUUGGUACGAAAAACCAAACGUGGUUAUAUUGGAAGGUAGAUGGCAAGAUAAACUAUCUGACUUAUUAAGUAGUGGCUCCAUUUUUUUCAAUGGUAUUUAUUAUGACACUUAUUCAGAACAUUAUCAAGAUAUGUUGGAGCUUUUCGAUUGUAUCGUUGGUUUGUUAAAACCCCAUGGGGUUUUCUCCUUCUUUAAUGGUUUGGGUGCUGAUAGACAAGUCAUUUACGAAGUUUAUAAGAAAUUGGUGGAAUUGGAUUUAUCCAAUUAUGGCUUAAAUUGUAAAUUCACCGAAGUUAACGUUCCUGACUCUCAGUUAAAAGAAUCCUCAGAUAAAAGUGUCUGGGAUGACGUGAAAAGAUCCUACUGGUCCUGUCCUAUCUACUACCAUCCGGAAGUUAAAUUCAUCGACUACUAA